AUGGCCCCGUCUAGACCGACAACUCCUCAACGGAGAUCGGCUAGCCCAGCAUCGUCCGAUUCAAGUGACAAAACGGUAACCAACAGCCCUACUCGCCCCAGAAGCUUCCGAAUGUUUCCAAAGCUCCCUCUCGAGGUUCAGGACCUCAUCUGGAAAGAGGUCCUGGACCUUGACGCCGCAACGGUGCACGGAGUAGAGAUCCGACGCUCGACAACAGAUCAGCCUGCUACAAUGGUACGGACCGCUCUGUGGAACUCCGAUUCAGGGAUGGAGAGAACCGAGAUUUACCCCAUCCGCGACGCCCUACACGAAACCUGCCGUAGAUCAAGAGCAGCAAAGAGAAGAGAGAAUCGAGUAUGGAGGGCCCAAGUGCCAUAUCAAUUGGAAUCAGACACGCCAUGGGUGCCGGGUCAACAGGCAGACCUGUCACGGGAUCUCUUUAUAGUCUCGAAUGAUCUGCAAGAGGACAUUAAAGAAUCCGAGAGAGUAUCUGGGGUUCUUUACGCCGGCGUGACGUGGGAGGGUAUGUGGGACCUCCACGUUGCUGAAAGACUGGAAAAGGUCGUCGACCUUUUCCCAGACGCAGAAGUUAUCUACGUCGUCGUCACAGCCAACUUGACAAUCCAUCCUCAUCUAGAGGCUUGGAAAAGUGAGAAAUCACAUAUUCUGGAGGAUUAUCUGAGGGAAUGCGAAGGCACAGCGUCCAACGACACCAAGAUUGAAUUUCUUUCGAAAGACUUGGUGUAUCGGGAGAUUUCUGCCGAGAACCUCUCCGAGAUGGGUGGGCUCCAUGAGCCGCUUUCAUACAUCAAUGUAUUCUAUGAAAGAUUUGACCUCAAGUGCGAAGAGGCCAGGGCAGAGGCUAAGGCUAAGGCAGAGAAAGAAGCGGAAGCGGAGGAAGCUGAGGAGGUGGAGGUGGAGGGAGGCAAGGAUGUGGAGGUGGAAGUCGAAGAAUGGCGGAGACCGGUCAUCAGGGUGAUGACGUGGGAAAAAUCUCAUAGAACUUAUGCCUGCUGUACCACUGUGAAAGUUCACGAAGACCCGGCGCGUCCGUUGUUGACUCCUAGCACUUCAACCGAGACCAUGCGUCUUGUAAAUCUUGACUGUCCCCAACCAGCCCCCGGUAUGAGGAGGAUCGUUGGAAGGCCCUGGCUGCAGGAUCUCCGCUGUAACAUCAUGUUAGAUCACUGCCGUCAAGAUGACUUGCCCUCCUCUCCACAUAGAGAAUGUCAACAAUUUGUUGACUUGGGGUCAGCGGCAGCGAGCCAGGAGCCACAUUCGGGCUCGGCGCAGAGGGUGCAGUGGGAGCUGGGGGCGCGGGAGCAGGCACAUUGUGGAGGGGGAGGCCUGGGCCGGUCGAGGAGGAGGAGGCUCGGUUGCCACGGCGACUACGGCGUGCCAUUGUUGCGAAUCUUGAAUAUUGGUCUGCUCAGAGUCAUUUCUUAA